UCAUAUCUUAAGCAAAUAAUUAAAUCUCUAAAAACAAAAUUAUCGUAUUUCUCAAAUUAACUGCAGGAAAACAAAAUAUUUUCUUGAUUUGACCAUUUGGAACAGAUGUUUUUCUUUGUUGAUGUUUUAAAGCCCAUAGACGAAAACUCUAUUUUUUACACAAUGUUAUCUUAAGCCCAUUUACUAAAACCGGGAUAGAAACCAUCGAGCGAAUAGCUUUAUUUACACGUCUACGUUUAUAAGAAAAGGACCAAAAAUACAUAAUUUGCGCUUCAAAUAUUCAAACCUUAGUUUACCAAAUUGAUCGUUAACAUAUUUUCUCAAUGGAACCGCCAAAGAAGGAAACUGAUAAAAAAAAGGAAAAUGAAAAUGACGAUAGUGAUAGUGUUACGCCCUGUCGAACGUGUGGUUUGAUGAAUCUGCCGACAGUAGACGUAAUUGAAAUCUGCAACGAAUGCGGUGAAUGCGACGACUGUGAAGACGAAGAUGAAGAAGGCGAAAACGAAUUUGAAGAAGGCGAAUUCGAAUGGGAAGGCGCAUUGAAUUGGCGAAGCGGAAUCGACGGUCAAGUCGGAAUCGAAAGGCAAUUCGGAUUUCAAGGACAAGUCGGACUGCAGGGAUCAGUCGGUCUGCAAGGACCAGUCGGACGGCAAGGGCCGAACAGACUCCAAGGACAAGGCCAAUCUGAAAGCGCAGAAUCGGAAGAAAGCGAACGCUUAUUUUCAACCACGUCUAACGCCAAGAAACGAACCCCGGCCAAAGAAAAUGACGGAAAGUAAGUUUCUUCCAUGAAAUUUUAAAAAUCAAGUAAUUCAAGAAGGCUUUAACACUAAAAUUUUCUUUUUCACCACUUAAAAAAUUUUCUUUUUCACCACUUGAAAAAUUCAAACGUAUCCAGGUAACAAGCGCAUUUCUAAAAUUUAAAAUGUUAAUUGUU